CGUGUCUCUACGCGUCUGGCCGCGCCUUCUAUCCUUCCCAGCCAGUCGUCGGGCGGGAGCCGGACGGAGUGGACGGCUACGGCUAAUCAGUACCGGCCCAGGUGAGACACUCUCUACACCCUGUAAACGGGAGAAGAACGAAUGGUAAGGGGAGGGGAUAUGCCCUUUACGUCAUUAUCGGCCUCGCUGGCAGUGUGUCGGUGUUGGACUGAUUCCCCGCCGGUAUGCUUUAGGCGUUGAGCCAAUCCCAGGACUCGUUACAACAGCUGGGAAAUAACGCGGUGGCUGGUUGGCUGGCGCGGAGGCCUCUGGGUGGGGCUUGCACUGCAGUAGAGUCGGUUAUUUGAUCACCGCUGCAGCGAGGUCAGGGAAGUGGGCUGUACACGCAUGGCUGUGUGGGGUCACCUAGCAGGGCUGGCCGCCAUGGUGCCUGGCAUGCCUGAGCUCCAACCAGGGAGACACUCUGGGUGUGUGUGUGACCAGGGGGACACUCUGGUUAUAUUUAGUGCACACUCCGAUGGACACCCAGGGUGUACUUGGCCCAUCCCUGGCUGCACACUGGUUGCUCCUCAUCUCUUCAAGUGUGAUGACUAAUUAGCAGUGAAACUGCAUAGAUCCACCUAUGGGGAUCAUACUUAAUAGCUGGGGUACUAAACAUCAUGUUAUACUAGGUCAGUCUCAGGCAGUUUAUAUUAUGAGUGGGUUCAAAGUUUUGCAGCUCACUCAGGUAAAGCUGGUCACUUUGUAAAGGUUAGGUCUUCUUAGCAGACAUGUUGGCAGUUGGAGACUCAAUGAAAGGUCAGGGAAGAAAUCCCAACGUUGUUAUAGCAAUAGUCUACAACAUAAUGAUGUUCCCUCUAAACGUAUAGUUCUCGGUCCUAGUCUGUGUUGGAAGUACAUUAACAGGGUUAUUCACUAAAAUGAAUUAAAAUUUUUUAGGCCAAUUUAGCCCGACUGGAAGUAUAGCUGAAUAUUUUUCCAGUUCUGCUCUUUUGGCCUUAAAGUUGGUGAACAACCCUGAAAGAGUUGGACAGUGCUAGUAUGUACAGGUGCGACUACUUUAUUGUACAGUAUGCCAGUUAAGCCAGUAAAUUGUCGACACCAAUGCAGUUUAUUUCUGUUUUAGCAGGGUUUUUAUGUGCAUUGUUUUUUUCUUGAUGUGUUUAGGUUGCCAUCUAGGUGGCAAUCUGUUAAGCUGAGGAUAAAAUAUAUGUAUUUUCAGAAGGGGUGACAGCAUAGGUUUCAAGUUAUACAGGUCUAUAUUUAGCCCUUUUUAUUUGGGGGGGAGGGGAGAUCUGCGUCUGCUUUUAUUCCUAUAUAACACACAUAAUUUACCACUAGGCCACAGCGAUGGCUGUCCAUGGAUAUGUGUGAACUAAAUGCAACAAUGCCUUGGAAAAGGCAUUCUCAGUAUGUCCGUAUUGGACAUCACUGUUAAAGUAAAAGGAUUAAAAAAGUAUAUUUGCCAUUACAUAAUAAAAUGAGUUGUGCAUUUUCUCAUGUUACACUUCUCAAUAAGGACAUCCUCUCCUGGUUGGUAGUCUUUUGGUAGUAUUUGAGAUGUAAUAAAAUCUAGACUUUAAAAUAUAUAUAUAUAUAUAUAUAUAUAUAUAUAUAUAUAUAUAUAUAUAUUUUGCUUUCUUGUGAGUAUGAGAAAAUUGGUAGCUGUGUGUAAUUGUUUCUUAUUGCUAGGGCUACACAUACAUUUGUGUCUCCAAUAUUUUACCUUGUACCAUUUGCUUGGUAGUGUCAGCCUUAUGUGGCAUUUCAAGGCAAAAACAUUACCUGCCUGCACGUAAUUGUGUCAUUAAAAAUGUACUUCAUUCCUGUACCCAGUCAUGAGUUAAUAAUUUAGAACUUCUGAAACAUACAUGUGACUGCUCACAUCAUACUUUAAGGCUAUCUGGCCCUUUCUUCAACUAUUUUCAGUUCCUCUUCACAAAUAGCUGGAAUAAUUGGGUUUUCGGGAAAAAUAUACUUGUCAUUAUUUGCAUUUUACCAAAUUUUAAACAUCAAAUUAUGUAUGAAUCCACUUUCCCCCGAAUGUUUUUGUAUACUUAUCAGGACCAUGGUUAGGCAAAUGCUGUAUGCUUAUGAGCGUACUGGCAGGUUCCCCCUGAAAAGGAUUGUUUGAUCCAGUCCUGCCCCUUGUUACCAUAACUAUGUGUGUCCUUUUGUGAAGGUCAUCUUAUGUCCCUGCUAUAUACUGAGCCGGUUGUUCCGGUACAAACAGGUCAAAUAAUACGUGCUGUGUGCAGUUCAUUAUGUCAAACUUUCCAUUCUGUGAACUUUGUAUCCUGGUUUCAAACAGUGGAUCUAUAUUAUUUUUGAUAUGGCUGCAAUCUGUGUUUUGCAAUGUCAGCGAUGUAGAAUUAUCAUAUGCAUGCAAUUUACCACAGGACAUAACACUAUGUGCUGUGCCAUGCACUCUUUAUGUACAGAGUGGUUUAUCCACUUUGACUGAGGUGAAAUAACAGAAACUUAAACACUUCAACCACCAUAACCACUACACCACGCUCUUGCAAUCUGUAUUGAGCUAGGUGUUAUGGGGCUUAGCUCAUUACCUGAGAGUGAUCAGCUACACAUCAGAGCUUGUUUCAGGAGAGAUGAAAGAAAGCUCCCAGCAGGAGUCCUGGAUCUCAAAUUGGAACAGAAAUAGGCAGGGAGCAGAGCCCCCUGACAAACCCCAGGUAAGUUGGCAAACAGUUUGACUGCUUACAUUGGAGGGAGUGCUAGGAUAGCCCUGACUGGCACCAUAACCAUCACAGGGCUGGAGUUAUGCACAGACUGCUCGGUUUCAGGCGCUGAGAUUUUGUUGACCAUUUAAAAAGGCUAGUAAUUUGUGCUCCUGGCUUGGUGUUUUGCAUUGUAAGAUUCAAAGUGAAUCCAAGGAAGUUUUAAAAAUCAAACAGGUGCAUGAAGAGGACUUGCUCUUUAAAGGCUUUCUCCAAAUAUAACCACUACCGCCUGCUGUAGUGGUUAUGAUGCCAUGAGAUAGCACUGUGAGAUUCCCAAGCAUGCCCAGUUUAACACUUGGGCAGGUGAACAGGAGCUUCAUCUAUUAGUUCAUUCGUCAAUAGACGAAUAGACAUGCCCCUACUCACGGUAUAGCGAGUAGUGGCAGAAUUUACUAAUACUAAGUAAUCUUUACUUAUUAGUAAAUUUGGCAGAAAGACCAAUUUAGGUCUUUCAGCCUUUUGGUAGAUAGCUCCCUAAUACCGUGGGAAUUAGGGAGUUAUCUACUAAGCGGCUGCAAGAUGCAGCCGCGGCACAAAUGGCAUCGGAGUUUGUCAUUCAAAUGAAAUUCCGAUACGAACAAAGUCCUGAAUUGUGUCCUAACACGAAUGAACAAAUUGUUCUCAUUCUGUUAGGACGCAAUUCGGCAGUUUCGCCGGCGUGAAAGUGACAGGAUGUUCGGGAAUACUGACAGGAAGCAUUGCGGGAACAGGGAGGAAAGCUUAGAAUUGUGGGAAAAUUUCUCUGACCACCGGAAAUGAAGCACACUUAGCUCCUGAGAUGGUCAGGUGUAGGAAACCUCCAUAAGACAAAUAGUCCCUACUUUGUCGUAUUUUUUAUAUAUUUUUUUAAAGAAAAUUAGAGCAGCCAGGAAGAAAUGAAGAACAGAUCCUGAGAGAGGGAGAGAAGAGGAAUCUAUUAAAGAAAGUUAAGUUCGGCAUGACAGUGCCGCUUUAAAUUGGAGGGGCAAAAGUUUAAAAAUAUCAAGGAAGUAUUAAUUUACUGAGAGGGUAGUGGAUGCAUGGAAUAGCCUUUCAGCUGAAGUAGUAGAGGUUAACACAGAGGUAUGUUCAGUGUUUUAAUGCAUACUCCAAGCACCAUGACCCCUUCAUAUAACUGAAGUGAUAAAGAUGCUUGGAAAAAUCUUGUAAGAAGUAAUAGUCCAGUUAUUUGGGAUAUUUUCCAUGGUAGCUUUAAUAAUCCAAAUUGCAACACAAAGUCAUUUGUUAUCCGGGAUGCAUCACUAAACCAGUUACAGAGGCUUCACGCGUAGAUAUGGUAACUGUGUGUUUAAUAACACGCUUGUUCUAAGGAUGUUUACUCCACAAAAUAGAUUAACAUUUAGUCUGUGAAGAUGGUCUGUUAUCUAAACACAAAAUUCAAGGGAUUUAUAUACUGAUGAUGGACAAAUGGGCCCAACCUUUUGUCCUGCUUUUUAUCUAAUUGUAACUUCCAAUGCAGUUUAAAUGUAUGUAAAAUUAGGGAAAAUUACUUAACUUUGUUUCUUGAUUAUGGAGUGUCUGCAAAGAAGGCCAUAGCUCAUUGGCUCAUUGGCUAUGAGUGAUCAGUUGACACACUCUUAGUGUGCUACUUGUGCAUUGGAGGGUUCAGUUAAGGAGAGCUAACUGAAGCUCCCUGCCUCUGUCUGCAGUGGUGUAUUUUGGAUUAGUACUACCUUAAGCAAGACAAAACUCGGGUACCCCCCAAUCUAAAUUUGCUCCACCCCUUCCUGCCUAACUGUUAAAGACCAAUACACACUUUGACACACAUCACUGAUGCAUGUACUGACAGUCUUUGGCAUGCACACUUUCACUGACACACCCACUCAGACAUGCCUACAUUCUCAGAUACACUGACAGACACAUACAUUUAUACACUAGCAUGCAUAGUCACUGACCUACUCACAUUUACUUUUUCACACACACACAAAUUAUUUUUUUUAAAUUUAAAUCCACCCUGCCUUUUGGGAGCGCUUUUUUGUGGAUUUUUUUCUCUGUGGUCCUGUGAGGCUGAUGUCCCUGGGGUCCGCAGUGGAGGCGGUUAGGAUGCUGUAAUCUCCAUGCUCUGCUCCCUCACGUGUUUCUUAGUAAUGCCAGGGCCGGAGUGACGUCAUAUUCUGGCUCCCAAUGUCACUGCUCUCCUUGCUCUGUUCCCUCACCAUACAGCUAGAAUAUGUGCAGCCUCACGGCCAGCUGGCCAGGUCUUAGGUCCCUUAUGAAAGAGGCUGUCAAGGCAUCUGCUGAGCAAUUGGGGGCGGUGUAUUUUGCCACCCCUUAGAAAGCGCUGCCCAAGGCAAAUGCCUACAUACAUACUGUAUUUUCUGGCGUAUAAGAUGACUUUUUAACCCUGGAAAAUCUUUUCCAAAGUCGUGGGUCGUCUUAUACGCAAGGUAUAGGGGUAUAUAUGGCUGCCACUGAGUGCUCACUUCCUUUCAGUCCAGCCGGGAACAGGUAACUGAAUCUCCUGUACCGGACUGACAGGACGAAGAGGAGCUUGGCCACCCACUCUGCACGGCAGGUGAGAAGAAUGUAGGGAGGAUUGGGGGGGGGAGGGAGUAAAAAGAAUAUAUCGCAAUUGGCCUCCUGUGUGCUAGACCAGCAGGCAUGGAUUAUAUGCCCAAACAGCCUGGCACAUACCUGGGCUUUAAAUGCUAUUUCAGAUUAUCAUUAUUUAAUGUCUUGCUGUGUAGCUCUGUCUGCUCACUGUACAUCAUGGCUAAUUUUCAUUUGGUGUGCAUUGGAAGAGUCUUAUACGGUGAGUAUAUCCCAAACUCUAUAUUUUAACUGGAAAAGUUGGGGGUCGUCUUAUACACCGGAAAAUACGAUAUAUAUAUUAUACAAAUCAUAUAGCCAGAUAUACAGAAGCCAAAUAUAAGAAUAUACCAAAAGAUAACAGUAAUUGAGAAGGAUGGACUCAUACAUACAUACAUACAUACAUACAUACAUAAAAAGUUUCUUUCCCUGAAGUAGUGUGUAUAUACAUUUUAAUUUGCUUUUUUAGGUUAGUGAUGGCUGCUGUUUGUUACUACAACUACUGUAGUGUGCACUUCCCAUGUUGCUCAGCAGUCUGACUGAGCAUACUGACAAAUCUACAACAGCUAUGAUGUUAAAGGUUAGCCAUCACUUUUUGGUCACUUUAAUGUAAGGGUGCUGUUGUGAAGGAGUAUAAUUAAAGAUAGCUGAUUAAUUAGGCACCUUAACAUGAUGGAUAUUCUUUUAUUUGUCCUUCUGUUUUGUUUUUGUUAGGGACAAUGAAUAAAUAGGUUAUAUUAAUUUAUCUGUUGUUUGAGAUAACCUCCAACAUAUCUCCUCCCACUUCCAUCUUUUAUAACCUUCCCUCGAACACACCCUUGGCUUAGAUUUGUUAGGAUUAAGUGACUGACAUUAAUGUUAUAUGGGAAGCAAUACCUCAUGGGUAUUUUCUGUUAUGCAUUUAGUAAGUCUGUAUAAUAUGAAUAAUUGGCAAUACUCUUUUUGCCAUUUUCCAACCCCUUUUUUUUUUUUUUUUUUAAAGCAUUUGUGAAUCUAAAAGAGUUAACCAUUCAUUAAACAUGUUAAGAUAAAUUUCUGUAAAAGUUCAAGGAGGGCUAACUCUUUCCCUGCCCAUUAUGUAAUUUCUGUUGUUCUUGAUUGCACAAUAGCUGUUUACUAAAUGAAUUGUUCAUCCCUACAAUCCUGUUUCUUAGGAAUGUGUCCUACUUGCAUUUGCACUAGAGUGCUUGCUGGCCUGUGUAGACAUAUGUGUUUGUCACAGUACACAGGGCAUGUUGGGUCGGGUGUGACCACUUCCUGCUGAGUUUGCGCUGACUUGCUCAUUGUGGGAACAUUGGUUCCUUUUCCACAUUAACUUUCUGGCUUUGUAAGGACAAACUGUAUCCUAGGGCAGGGUAGAAUCUUCACAAUGGUGCUUCAAUUUUUGUAUUUAUUUCACUGCUCUUCCACAAGCUUCUGGUGUGUUUUUUUUUUUUUAUUAUUUAUUUAUUUUUUAUUUAUUUUUUUAGUUUAAAUUAUGCUAAUACUUUUAGGUUGUUAUUCUUUUCUUACUUGUCACUACAACUUGUGGCCAAAGAAACUUAGUUUCACCAAGGUACUGGUUUUAUCUGGUACUCACUGGUCUAUAAAUUGCUCCUGCUUUUGUUUGUGGACUCUCAUGUUUGCUCAUAAGGCUGAUGGGAUGUGUGAACUGUGGGGGUUAUAAUCUAUUGAGGGUUUAUGUGAAGGACUUUGAAAGGACAACUAUUAUUAAGAGACAUAAUGAAGGCUCUUCUUAGAGUGAAGAAGACACCUUAGAAACCUUAUAUGUUGCAAACAUUUAACAAAAUAUUUUUAUAUAUAUAUAUAUAUAUAUAUAUAUAUAUAUUUUUUUUUUUUUUUACCUUAUUCUCUUUACAAGAAGUACAAUAACAAGAGAGCAUUAAAUACAAGUUUGUCUCCAUAGAAACAGUUUUUGUGUUUUCUCUCUGAUACAAUAUUUUGCUCAGAUUUUUUUUACUUUGCUCCUAUUUUCUACAUUCCCCCACCUCCCUGGUGCGCAUCAAUGAUGACGAUUGUGGAAAGGAGAGACAACAUUGAUUCUAACCAGUAACAUAUUUUUUGGCUGCAUAUAUGACUCCUGUUGGCUAUCUUGCCUGUCCUGUUAGUAUUACUGUACCUGUACUGUAUAAAUACAAUGUAGUAAUAUGGGGUGCACUUCCAAGUAUGUCCCCACAAGUUAUGUCCGCUGUUAUUGGGGGAAUUAUUGGCAGGGAAUUGUGAAAAUUAGUAAUGGGAUUGCUGUUAAAUCCAAAAUAGUUUGGGCUUUUUAACCCCUUAAGGACACAUGACAUGUCAUGAUUCCCUUUUAUUCCAGAAGUUUGGUCCUUAAGGGGUUAAGGGACAUUUAAAGGUUACUCGCAAAGUCUCCUUAAUUCCCGGUUUGGUGAAUAGCAUUCUCCCUUGUGAAAAUAUUUUAAUGCGCAGUAAGAUUGAGUGCAGCAAUUUAUCUAAUGCAUGCUUAUGCCAUUAUCCUUGAAAUAAAGUAAUUUUCUCUUCCUUUCUCCUAGAUACCGGAAGUGAUUCUUCAACAAGAACACAAACAUGUUUAACUUAAGGACUUGUGCUGCUAAACUCAGGCCUUUGACGGCCUCUCAGACUGUUCGAUCACUUUCACACAGAGGGCCCGCGGCACCCAGGACGUUUCAGCCACUCAGGUGCUUAAGUACACCUGCAGCCGCGGAGCCAUUUCUUAGUGGCACUAAUUCUAACUAUGUGGAGGAAAUGUACUUUGCUUGGCUGGAGAACCCAAAGAGCGUUCACAAGGUAAGGUGGAGACCAGGAAUUCUUCUAAUAGCUGUUACCUAGGUAUAAUUCAAAGUAAGGUAUGUUCAAGUAGCAUGAUGGGAAAUGUGAACCAAAGCAAUGGAUGUAAGUCACUACUGGACUAUGCAAACGUCGUAGACUAUUUGGCCAGAGGAUUCUUUCAUGCAGCUGUAUGGAACCUUGGAUUUUGGAAAAUUGCUUAUUUAAUCCGCCACUGAGUCUACUGCAUUGGUUGGAGAUUUGGAGAAGCGUGAUCCUGAAAAUGCACCUCACAUCCAGUUUACGUGGAAACAGAACACAAUCUGCUCUCAAGAUAGCAGCAUGCAGCAGGAUUCAGUCUGCAGUAAUAUUUCCAAGCUAUGAUUUCCUGGCAGUUGUGGUUUAAGCUACACACUAACAAGUUUAAAGAAUCAUGUUUCUCAUCAUGUGUUUAUUAAAUAUGAAUGUGGUUUGUACUUUCAGGGUUAUUUACUAAACUGGGAAUGGCUUUUAAUUCCCUAUUAAGAGAAUAUCCCUAAACAUAAGUUCUGUGUAUAUACUUCUUAGAAGUGUCGUGUAUACACCAGGAUAACAGGGAGUAGACUAAAAGAUUCCCAGCUGAUAUGGGCUAUCAUUUUAUAAAAGUGGUGCCAACUGAUAACUGUGUUACCUGUGGUUACACAAUCCCAUAAAUUUACAAUCUAGAAGAGCAUUGAUAUCUUUACUUUCAAGUCACCUAUAUGAUAGAUCCCGUAAAUGCACUUCUGGUGCUUAUUGCCAGGAUAUAAACAUGGCUUUCAUAUCAACUAUCAUUAUCAUCAAAAACUCUCUCUUGGGCUAGGCAGACAGCCACUUUCUCUAUCAAGAUAAUAUUGUGGGCCGAUUAUAAGAAACGUUUUAAGGAAGCUUCCAGUAAACCCCUGCUCUGCCAUAUACUGCAGGGUCUAUAAUGUGUAUUACAUUUUUUUUUGCAUCGCUAUAUAAAGUAACAGCCAAGUUACUAUAAGUAACAUGACCGUUUCUUUGAUUUGAGGUGGUCAUGGUGUCUGGAAUGUGUGUGUGCAGUGUUUCACUAUGAAACAUACAGAGUUCUAAUGACUCUUACCUAGGUAACACUUCCGUUGCUUCAGGAGGUGUAACUCCACCUCCAGCAGUGUAAUUGGGUUGUCAUUAGCCAGUCCAGAACUAGAGAUCCAGGCUGGCUGAUCCUUAUUAUGUACAUAUUAAUAUGCACACACUCAUUAGCUAAAAAUCUCGACCAUGUAAUUAGUGCCAGGUUUCCAGGAUAUGGCCCCAGUAUACUCCUAAAAUCAUAAUCACUACAGAGAGCUGUAGUUUAAACAAAGGUUCCACACACAUUGAAGUGGGCUAUGUAUAUGUGCAAUCUCUGUUUGAGAAGCUAGAAGGAAUCAAAACUUCACAGAAAUUUUUUUUUAAUAUUUUUUUUGCGCACAGAGAAUCACGUUAUUGUUGUCUAUUGCAGCACAAUGUGAAUGUUUUGUUUGUAUAAUAUCUAAACGAUUAGGUAUUAAAUACACACUCUGAGCACAGUAACCACUACAGCCUACUGGCACCCUCUCAGUGUUAGUGGCAAAACUUAAGAACCACCAACACAGCUUUUGUGUGUUUUUGAUAGGGUAAGCUGCUUUUUGCUUUUUUUUUUUUUUUUUUCAUCCGCAUUCCAAUUUUUGCUAAUAAAAAUUAAAAUGUUUUGCAGUGUUCAGUAGUCUAACCAUCUAACCAUGCCCCUUAAGCAUAUCCCUUCCUUUUGCAAUGAGAUAGAUAUAGAGAUAUAUAUAUAUAUAUAUAUAUAUAUAUAUAUAUAUAUAUAUGAGUCAAGCAGUAGCUAGGCUCAAAUUGAUCUGCGCUACACAGUUUACCAUCCAUUCUGAAGUUUUAUGAAAAAGGGAGGCAUGGCUAUGCUGCAGAAUAUAUCAUAAUGGUCACUCGCCACAUAUCUGUUCAUAGAUGAGUCUAAGGAGGCAGCUUUGCUUUCCACUUUGUGCUAUAUCACAAGGACGGGAAUUAUUUGCAGGAGUUUAUAAACACUGCGAUGUAUUUAUUUUUAUGGUUGCCUCUCUAUUUUUCUCGGCUCUAUGUAUCUUAUGGAUAUCUUAUUGCUGUGCCCAGCUUGUUUUAUUGUAUGAGCAUCUCUGUAUUAUGCUCAGCUCUCUGUAUUGUAUAAUGUAUCUAUGCCCAAUGGGGUAUAGUAAGAGUCUGGCACCCCACUAUAAAAUUUCACCAGCCGCCACUGAAGAGCACCAUCCCGGCUGUCUGAUCGUCCAGAGCAGGCAACAUAGAUUUAUAAAAGUGCGGAUUUAUUUUGAAAUCUGCAAUUUUAUAAAGCAAGAAAGCAAAAAUAUUCUGUUAACUUUUAAACCACAUCAGCAAGCUGAAGUACUUUAGAGGUGUGGAGAGUUUCUUUUAGGCAGCCAUCUCAACCACCUUCCCCCCCCCCAUUUGCUGAACAACAACUUAUAUGAUUAUCUUCCAAUCUAUAAAAUUCAAAGAAUUCUGGGAGUUGUAGUCCAAUUAAAUGAUUAUAGUGCCAGCACUAUAGUUGCCUUUUUUCUGGUUUACGCUGAAGCAUUCGCUUGUGCAGCUAAUAAAUGAUUAGUGAUGGACGGUGAGAAAAAUAUCACAAACCUGCAGGAGCACAUUGAGUUGUUAGACAUAGUUAUUCACUAAAUAUGAUAAUGUGUAGAAUUUAGAGUAGAACUACAUAUUGAACUCCAAAAUGCUGAAUUGAACACUGUAAAUUUUCUACAAUAUCUAUUGUAGUCUAAAAUGUUAAAUUUCCCUUUAAAUGUGCCACAGUUACUAUUCAAAAAUGCAGAAUGUUUCCCUGUAAGAGAGUGCAGGCAGUGUGUUUGUAGUUAUAUUACAUUCUCAGAGGAAUACCCAGAUUGAGGUGUACUACGAGGGGAAAAGAUCCAAAGUUGCUUGCAUGAUAAAACUCCUUGUUAGGGCUGUGUAAUUGCUCCAAUGUGGAUCUUAAAAAUCUCUUGCUAUGUGCCCCAUGCUUUAUCAAAGGGAUCCUAGAGUGCCAGGAUAACAUCCGUUUUCCAGGCACUAUAGGUCCCUACAGUGCCCCCCUCCAUCGCGCGCUCCUUCCUGCAGGGCUGAAGGGAUUAAAACUCCUUCAGCCACUUACCUGAAUCCAGCGCCGAUGUUACUCGGUGCUGGGUCAGGCUCUGCCCACGCUCCUCUCCUGCCAUCAGCCGGCGGGGGAGACCUAAUGUGCAUGCGCCGCAAUGGCCGUGUGUGCAUUAGACCUCACCAUAGGAAAGCAUUAUUCAAUGCUUUCCAAUAGGGAAAAUCUGACGCUGGAGGUCCGUGAGGACGUCCAGCAUCAGAUAACGGACCAAAAGUCCAUUUGAAUUCUGGAAGCGCCCCCAGUGGCUAUCUGUUGGACAGCCACAGAGGGCAGACUUAGAGCUGCAAUGUAAACAUUGCAGUUCUCUGGAACUGCAGUGUUUUAACAUUGCAGCACUAAGUGCAAAAGUGUCACAGCACCCAGACCACUUCAAAGAGCUGAAGUUGUCUGGGUGCCUACAGUGUCCCUUUAAAGCUGCCCUGAAUUUUCUCUCUUUUCAGUUUUCCUUUCUUAAUGCACUUAUCCUAAUGAUUAUACUUCUCUACUCCCCUCCCCUCAGCCUUUAUUUAUUCUCUGUCCAAGAUGUCUGCAGUUUCUUUCUGUGGGAUUCUUUUGACAGGUGAGUAAAUCUGUAGAAAACUGAUAAAAUUUGUGUCUUGUAAUAACUUUUUUUAUUUUAUUGGACUAACAGAAUUUUUUUAAUGACUAGGUUUCGGGAGAACCUCCUUUCCUCAAGUCUAAAGCAUUUCUGAGCAAAGACGACCUGUAGAAUUCAAAGUUGAGUUGUGAUACAGGGGUUAAAGCGACAUGAGUGCAGAUAAGACACAGCUUUGAUAGAAAAUAGACACCGUUCUCGCAGGGUGGUAAAUAUCCUGUAUCACAACUCCACUUUGAAUUCUAUAUGUUGUCUUUGCUCAGAAAUGCUUUAGCCUGGAGAAAGGGAGGUUCUCCCGAAAGCUUGUCAUUAAAGAAUUGUUAGUCCAAUAAAAAAGCUAUUGAAAGACACAAAUUUGAUCUUUUUUUUUUUACAUUUGCAUCACUGGACUACUACGGCUUACAAUCUCUACUUGAACACUGAGAAAAAAUGUAUAAGAAAGCAUUAACUAAGUGGGGAUUUAACUGAAACUGGGUGUCCUCAUGCAGAGCGUGAAAAGGCCCACCGUCAGUUAAGCGACCUAAAGUCUGGUAAGAUUCUGAAAGCACCUCUAGAGGCUGUCUUAGUGCUGCAAUAUAAACAUUGCAGUUUUUUUUUUUUAAAAACUGCAGUGUUUUACAUUGCUGGACUAAGAGCAACAGGGACACUGCACCCAGACCUCUUCAAUGAGCUGAAGUGUUCUGGGUGCCUACAGUGUCCCAUUAAGGGCUUACUCGGUUGAAUAUAAUUUUUACCAAAAAUAUACCAAACUGUGCCUUUGCUCAGAAGGCCACACCAAAUCUGUUUCAAGCACUAGAUGGUAGGCAUCACUCUUUGUACAACGCUCUUUUCUGCAGUUUGACUAUUUAGCUGUAUCUCUUUAAGUGAGGUACAAAGCGUUUGCUUGCUGCUGUGGCACUGUUCCAUUUGGCCUUGUGUUAGGAGAGAGCUAGAAGUCACUCUGCACAGGCCAGUUCUUGCUGGAAUAAAUAAUACGUCAUUUUUACUUGGCUUCCUUCCAGGAUAAGCUGGGGAAGCCACAUCCAGGGGCUGGGCCACUUUAAGUAUAACCCCUUGUGUUCCAUUGUACAUACUCUGCUUAGGGCAGGCGUAGGCAACCUUCGGCACGCUAGAUCUUGUGGACUACAUCUACCCAGAUUACUUUGGCAGCAUUAUCGUCAUGGGAGAUGCAGUCCACUAUUGGAGUGCCUACCUCUGGCUUAGGGCAUUUGGCAGCAUUGAUGAUUUAACCUCUCCACUGCCAAAGCAUGUCCUAUUGAUUGACCUUGGUUUCCAUGUUCAGGGUGUGUGAGCGUUAAUACUGUAGUUACUAGUUUGUAAAUGAUGUUGUAGGCACUUGCUUAACAAACAAGUGUAGCUCUGACACAGAUAGCAAAUUCCCACCUUGGUAAUUUUACAUUCCAGCACGACAAUCGUUAAACAUUCACUGCCACUUAUCAAAGCCUAUUUUUUUUUUCUUUUUUUUUUUUAUCAAGAAUGUCACUUGAGCGAUAGACUAGUGGUCCAUUUAAAUAAACUUUUCAAAGUCAUUUUCCAUUGCUUUUAAGUAAAGGUGACUUUGACCUUCCUUUCUGUACUGGACAAACAGCUUGCUUAGAUCAUUGUACUCUUCCUAAAGGCUGGCAAGUAUACCUCAAAAACAAACUACGCUUAUUUGUCUGAGAAAUGGCUGUCCUCUUACUCUUUUCUUUGGUGUAGAUAUUUACAAUUACAAAACCGUUGUUCAUUGAUGAACUGUAAAUGGCACCGGCAAAUUUGGCUUUGUUUAAAGGACAACUGUCACUAGUACUGUGUAAAUAAAUAAGAAUUCUUGCAACAUUUUAAUGAAAAGAGAUAAGAUUUUUUUAUUUAAUUUAUUAUUUAUAUAUUAACUAUAUGUAAAAAAUAUUCAUAUACCUUUGGUCAGACUGUGGUAGAAUCCGACCGUUUAGUCUCCUGUUUUACUCCUUCCACAUAGCGGUGAUAUUAUCAGCAAUCACCCUGUGUGCAUGGUCCGAAAUCUGAUUACAUUGGCAAUUCUCAUAUUUACUACAGCUUAAUGCAAUCAGAAUUCGGUCGACCUUUGAUUUUCUGAACUCCUCUGAACCAAUCUACAGCACCGUUAUCGCAAAUUAUCAUUCACUUGCCAUUUGCAAGUGAAUGAUCAUUUAAAAAAACAAUUUGCCCGCUGACAGUGCUAGCAGCCAGCGGGCAAAUGGUUAAAAACCCUCGGCACCGCAUGGGUUAAUUACGUGGCGGCUAGCCAGUGCUUGCAAGCCAGCUGCCACAAAAAAAACCCCAAAACUAAUAUAUAUAUAUAUAUAUAUAUAUAUAUAUAUAUAUAUAUAUAUAUAUAUAUAUAUAUAUAUAUAUAUAUAUAUAUAUAUAUAUAUAUAUAAUGUGUGUGUAUAUAUUCUCUCUCUCUCUCCCCCUCUCCCUCCCCCGGAGUAUAACCGUACCCCUCAUGUAUAUAUUUUAUGGUGUUUUCAAAAGUUACAGAGUCAAAUAUAAGGCUUGUUUCAGUUUUUUCACACUGAAAUUCGCCAGAUUGGUUGUGUUGCCUCUGAGACCAUAUAGUAGCCCAGGAAUGAGAAUUUCCCCAUGAUGACAUACCAUUUGCAAAAGUAGGCAACACAAGGUAUUGCAAAUGGGGUAUGUCCAGUUUUUUUUUUUUUUUUUAGUAGCCACUUAGUCAAAAACACUGGCCAAAAUUGGCGUUCAAAUUAGUAUUUCGCAUUUUUCACAGGCAAACAAAUAUUAACGCUAACUUUGGCCAGUGUUUGUGACCAAGUUGAACAUGUAGUCAAAUUCCAAGUUUUGUUUACGUUUUAUUUUGAUCAUAACUUGUCCAUUUGGCUCAGUCCUUAAGGGGAUAAUAAACAUUCCAGAAAAUGUUUGUUCUAUCAGUGCUAAAUGAAUAUCAAUAUGCAGAGUGCUCUUUGCCUCCUGAAAUAUUGUUUCCGUUAAGUGUCUUGGUCAUCAUUAGCCUUUACAAUACCAGAAUGGGUUAACCAGGACAAUUAUAUGUGAUGGAAAAAUUGCUGGAUGGCAUGGGUAGGAGAAUUUGCAUGGGGAGUUGUUCUUAAACUCUGGCAGAGCACAAAUUGUUCCCUGUGCCUUAAAGUCACUUAGCAACUUUGAUGCCCAAAGCGGAAGCACUCAGCCUGUGCCACCUCCCUACAUAUCUUAUAGGAACUUGUGAUUUGCAUACAUUUUAAAUUUGAUGUAUGUUCAUGUGGAUUUAAAAUAUAAAAAAAAUAAAACAAUUACUAAAGCUUUUUUUAUAUAUCCACCCCCCCCCCCCUGUGGUUUUCAACCUGUAAAUUGGUUAAGCCAAUUAUUGCUGAUUAAUCUGCCUUUGUAAUUAUCAGUACCAAUUUGUUUUAAUCCCUGGGACACUCCUCCCCCUUUCUCGUGACUUUGUAAGAUUCUUAAAAUAACCAGAGGUGGGUGUGGGGCAUAAAAAGGAUUCCACAUAUCUUUUUAAAUACAUUGGUUUGUUCUAAUCUAUGGAAUUGACUGCUUAGAGUUGCAUAUAAAAACUGCACUCCCCAAGAGGCAGUAUUACUGCUGAUACAUGGCAUUUUUGAAGCAUUAUUCAUAUUCAGUAUAAUAAAUCAAACCUCUCUGAAUACUUUCAAAUUUAUUUUGUCAUAUAUGGCAUUCUUUUUUUUUUCUUGAGAAGUUUGAGCAGAAUAUAUGUAUCACUUCUCUGGAAUCUUGAAUUCCCAAACUAACAGCGGAAACAACGCUGUUAUUGGUAGCUGGGAGCUUCAUGUCUUAUAGAUUAUGGGGGUGGGGGUGGAUGAUUAAUAGACCAUUUUUAAUGGCAAAAAUAAUGAAAUCUAAAAUAUGGUGACUUGCCAUCAGUGUUUGUUUUUUUUUUUUGUUUUUUUUCCUUCCUCUUUUGGAAACACACAAUUCCAUCUGUUAAACCAGAUGAAAAUAUCAUGACCGAUUGAUUCAGCUGCUCGCCACGACAUUUGGUGAUUUAUAAAUAAAGCUGGCACUCUACCGCCCAUUGGGUCUCCUUCCCUGGUUUGUCUGCUACUUGCAAUUGUCAUGCAAUCUAUAAAUAUGAGCUGCAGUCUGCAAAAUACCCAUCUUACUCCCACUUUUCCUACUGUUUGUGAUUGUCAUGUGAUAACAUAGGAUAUUCAGCCCUUUUACAUGGUUGACCUCGUCCUAGGUUUUGAUCUUCACACUUGUCACCUGUUUCUCUCCCAGCUGUUGAAGUUGUUUUACAGUACAACCCAAGUAAGAUACUAUAUGCACAGACAUUUUAAAGAAACACUCCCAUUAAACUUAAAGGAAAACUAUAGUGUUAAGAAUGUGCAUUUGUAUUGCUAAUGCUAUAGUGCAAGGCUUGACAAAUUUGCUUGUAAUCUAGAAACCAGCUAAAAGUUGGGAGCACCCUUUAAAAAUAAAAAAUAAAAAUUCAUUACGAUCUUAAAUUUUUUUUAGAGGGACACUAUAUUCACCAAAACCACUACAGCUUAAUGUGGUGGUGGUUCUGGUGUCUGUAGCCUGUCCCUGCAGGUUUUUCAAUGUGAACAACAACUUUUCAGGGAACAGGCUACUAGUGGUUCUUCGUGGUCCAGUGAUGCACAAUGUUCAGUGUCUCCAUUCUCUUCAUGAAGGCAUUGAAUGUUCCCCAUAGAGAUGUAUUUAUUCAACAGCCUGAAGAUCUUUGCUCCCCACUGUUGGGGAUAAAAUCAGCCCGGGCCCUUUGUGGAUGAUGGAUAUUUGCCAACUCAUUCAGAGCUCUGGAAAUUGGAAAUGAAUAGCAGAGACGUGUUCAAUAACCAAUUCAAAUUUUAUUCCUCCAUCAGUUAUAUUAAUACCCCGUUUUCAUAGCAGGAUGGGAGGGGGAAAAAUGAGCAUAUAGGCGUGGCAAUGACAGAUUGUUUUUCUCAAGUUAUGAGCAGCUGUUAUUAUAAUUCUACGUUAUAUAACGCAUGUAUAUUUGAUCAAAACAAGAUAUUUUCAAAUACCAAAAUCUUGGACAAUUAACAAGAACAUUUCAAAAUCAGUAUGGUCAUUCUCGUAACUGAUAUUAGAUAAAUUCUUCCGAGAAUCGAAGAUACAAUUCCAAAUGUAUUCUUGGUUCACAUUAACCCUUAUAUGAACAGCUAGGAUAGAUAGUGAAAUGGAUAUUCGUAUCUACAGUUCCCCUCUUAGAUCAUAUCAUGAUCUACCUCACGGAAAAUAUCCAUGGGAGGCCUGCGGCAGAGAAACAAAAGGAGGUAUAUUCAGACGUGCUAAUCACGCCUGCAGGACUUUCCUUAUUUCUUCACCUCGAUUUCCCCAAUUUGCUCUGUGCCUUAGGUUUUCCAUUUAAGAGGAGUUCGAGCUGUCAAUUUACAGCCUUUUCAAUUAUCUGUUGAAUACAUCCUUUAAGGGUACAAGUUAAAUAUUUCAAACAGCUGACAUGUUAACCAAUUUUAAACAGACUGCACAUCAUAUUAUCUGUAACUUGAGCCUGGGGUCAAUACAGGCAAAGUGUAUUAUUCCCAACAACGGGAAUAUUAUUAUUAUAAUUCACAACGUAAACACAUAUAGUAAAAAUGGGAAUAAUAUCUAUUCCCCCUCUUUGGACCAGGGUCUUGGAUUACCAGUCCACCCAGUGAUUUGGAGCCAGGUCAAAAAACCCAGUGGCAAAAACUCAUAUUUGAGGGAAAAAAAGCACAUAUGGGGAAACUCUAAGUGAGGGUCAUGACUGUGUAGACAUGUCAUCCCCUCACGUUGACAGCAUUAGUGACUUAUAAAACCCACACUUCUAAGUAAAUAGCUCAGGUAUCGGGAUUGGGAAACACUUCUUGAUUAGUUUGAAAAGGCCCACUUACAUAUUAAAUCAUGAGAUUUUUAAUCCGUUUGCAAUUCUAACAACAAUCCCAAUCACGACCUUGCGUCCUAUGUCUCCUAAUCACAUCCCUAUUUCGAUGGUCCAGUCAUAUCCACACUUACUAAAUGGAAAUCCAUCCUUGGUACACUCAACAUACAUCAAUGACACACUUCCUCUCUCUCUCUGGAUAACUCAAAAAUAAAAAUAACAAAAUAGUUCAAUAGUCCAGCAUAGUCCAGAAAAAUAGAAUAAGUCUUUCAAGGAGUAUAAAGAAUCUUAGACACCAUAAACUUUGUUCAAUAAUCUUAGACACCAUAACAUAGCUAAUGGUAGCAAUAUGGCUGACAACAAGACAAUGUCAGCUUCCACAUAGUUCUUAAUUCUUCUGUUUGUUGGAUGUUCACCACAAUACUCUGUGCAACACCCCAAUUGUUGAAAGGGUAAUACAGAAAUAGCGGCAUUCGACAGUACUGCAUCUUCAGGACUUUCCAAGUUAGUUUAUGUCCCCAUAAGUAAGCAUCUCAGUUCCUUCGGCCAGCAUGGUUUUUGACCAAACAGAUUUAAUUGCAAAAAAGGUAGGUCAGCCACAGAGAUUGGUGUGUAGUCCCAAAUAUCAGGCGGCACAAAUACUCCAGUACGGUCUCUAUAAUCAUACAAACACAAGGAUCAGUACAACAUCAAUAAAUUAAUUAUCUAGGCUAAACUCUUAACUAGUGUAACAUGUACGUCUCUUAGUUUUGCUUAUAAUUCAUUGAAUUUGUCCUUUAUAAAAUUUUAAUACAUAAUUUCCCUUUAGAAUGCCUUUGUAUGGAUGAGAGACGCACUCAUUCUAUAUAAAUGCUUGUUGAGUACUAAAACACUAACAUAUACAUAUUGGUAUAAUUCCCAAUAAAAUGCUGUUCUUAAACUUAAACCUUGAUUUAAUAAUCUCAAUUAAUUACUUUAAUAAAAUUGGAAUGCUGAAGUCUGUCAGUUUUGUGGACACUGAUAACAUCUUUGGAAACCGAAACCUUUUAUAGAUCCCGAUGUCCAAAAAGCCACCAGUUCUGUAGUGUGUGUGAUCAUGUUUUAAUACAUGGUGGAACCUCCAUACAGUUAUCCCACUUAAACAAUCUUUUUUUUUUUUUUUUUUCUUCAGAACAACUAGGGAUGAAAUAGGAGAAACAAAGUGAAUUACUAUUGUUCUAAAGUGCUUUGUUUAAUACAGGUUUUGGAAGAGUUUUCUUGCUGUGUUAAGGUUGCAAGUGGCCUCUGAUAAGGAAGGGACAGCAAACUGUAACUUGUAUUAUAGCAAGUUGCCCUCACUUGUCAGGUCUUGGAAACCCACUUAUUUUAUUGCAGAUGCCUCUAUUAUACCACAUUACAAAUUGACUAAGCAUACUUAUUAUCCUAUUUUAGUUAUUUCACAUUGCGCAGCCUAUGCAAACAAUUUCUAGGUCCAAACUUUGUUUCCUUGAGCACCAGGUUCACCAUUGUUACCCUUAGGUCCAGGGGAAUCUCACUCAGCCACUGAACAUGUUGUCAAAUCCCAGGUGCCAGGACAAAACUCCUAGUCACCAUGGCUACCUGGUGCCUGGGAUUUGUCGAGCCCUAAAAAUAUGUAUAAGAAAUACUUGAAUAAGUUUAGACAGCCUCCCAGAGUAACCCCUUUCCCACUGGGUCACAGACAAGUGUGUGUGUGUAUAGAAUAUGAAGCAAACUGGGAUACGGCUGGUUGGAGGGAGAGGGAAUUUCUCAACCUCUUAAACCCCUACAUACAACAGUAAACCUUUAAAAAAGUCUUUUAAAGCCAUCAUAUGCUGUUUGAACUGUUCCCAUUACGAACUUAUGAACAAGUGUUUUCUAAGGAUACUUAUUUACACAACAAAAUGUUUAGAAACAAUAUAUCAUAAACAUAAAAUUAUCUAUAAAAAAUAUAUAUAUACACAUACACAAGCAUUAAAUGUCAGAUCUUUAUUCAAGUGUUCAUGUCUGUUUAAGAAAAACUCCCAUACCCCACUAAAAUAUAUAUAUAUAUAUAUAAUAAAAAGUAAAAAAUUAAAUGAAAAAGAUAUAUAAAAAUGGAGAGGGAUGGAGUUGUCGAUCUUGACAGACCUGAAAAAAAGUAAACAAAAAUGAAGAUAUAAUUUACAUGAAACACACACCAGGUUAAUAUCUGAAUUUAAUCCACCCGGUUCCAGCGUCUGCAUUCUAUAAAUCCAAUAUGUUUCCCUUUGUGAUAGUUUCUUAAUGCGAUCACCUCCUCUCCAAUGUGGAAGGACAUGUUCUAUGCCCAUACAUUUAAAAUCUUUUAAGGAGAAGGCGGGACAAGAGUUGCAGUGGACUGGAACCGAAUGGGUUUUCAGACCCUUUUUAAUGUUCUUGAUAUGCUCCAUAAUUUUCACCUUUUAAAUAUCUUUUAGUACGGCCUAUAUACUGCUUGCCACACGGACACUGUAAUAAAUAUAUCACAAAAUCCGUGCGACAGCCGAUAUCUGAUUUAACAGGGAAAGUCUCCUUGGUGGUUUAAGCAUCUGUACAGUGUUACAGGCCCUACAGUCCUGACAACCUCUGAAUCUAUUAUAUAUAGUGGAGUUAUUACCCAAUUUUUCUUUUAUAUAGCUAUAAUAAAAGCUAUGCUUUGGGACAAUGGAGCCUAUCAUUUGGUCAUUUAGUAAAAUAGACCAAUGCUUUUCUAAACUUUUUUGAUUUCUCUGUGAUGUUUAUUAUAUUGUGUUAAAACAGCACAUCUAAAUGUGUCUUCAUUGACAAUUUUUUUUUAGUAUUUGUAAGGAACUUGUUUCUUUCUUUCUGAGAUAUGACCCUAAUUUUAUUUUUUUAUAUUUUUAUUGUAACCUCUUUGUACAAGUUUUUCUUUAAUAUGAUUUGCUUGAUUUUUGAAAUCUAACGUCUUCGAGCAGUUUCGUUUCACUCUGGUUAGCUGGCUUUUAGCUAUUCCUUUCAACCAUGGACGGUAAUGACAGCUUGUUUUAUGGACAUAGCUGUUACCGUCCGUGGGUUUGAAAUAGCAUUUGGUUCUAAUAUCUGUAUUAUCUUGAAAUAGAGUGAGAUCCAGGAAAUUGAUAUUAUUUUUAUCCCACAUAGGAGUAAAUUUUAAAUUAAAAUUAUUAUGAUUAAGGUAUUGUACAAAACCAUCGAAAGAUACGGUCAUCCUAACAAAUUAUAAUAUUGUCAUCGAUAUAACGCCACCAGAGGACCAGGGAUGCCCUCCAGUCGUGCCCCACCCACACGAAGAGAUCUUCCCAUCUCCUCAUGUAGAUGUUGGCAUAACUGGGGGCAAACCUGGUCCCCAUGGCGAUCCCCCUCACUUGUAAAUAAAAAAUUUCCUUGAAAAUAAAAAUUAUGUUCUAAAAUAAAUUUCACUCCUUUUUUUUUUUUUUUUUUUUAAGGAGGGUGUGAUUGUAUUGUCUUGGUCCAUGACAUUUUCUAUAGCUUCUAGGCCUAAUUCGUGGCUGACCGUAUACAACAAUGUUACGUCUAGAGUGGCCCAGCUGUACCCAUCUUGCUACUCGAUAUUUUCCAUCUCUUGGAUCAAAGAUUUCGUAUGUUUAACAUAUGAGAGGGCCUGUUGUGAAUAUUUUUGUAGGUGGAAGUCAAUGAAAGCUGAGAGGUUGGUAGUGAUAGAAUUAAUGCCGCUGAUGAUAGGACGGCCAGGGGAGAAUAAAAGAUUUUUAUGUAACUUCUGCAAGAAGUAAAAAAAAAAUGGAAUGGCAGGAUUUUUUUUCAAAUAGAUAAUCGAAAUUGUGUGUGUGUGUGUGUGUGUGUGUGUGUGUGUGUAUGUGUAUAUAUAUAAUAUAAUCUCUAUGGUUUAUAGAUAAUGAUUUUGUUUAUAAUAUAUUGUUUCUAAACCUUUUGUUGUGUAAAGUAUCCUUAGAAAACACUUUUUUAUAAGUUCGUAAUAGGAACAGUUCAGACAGCAUAUGAUUGCUUUAAAAGACCGUUUUUAAAUAAAGGUUUACUGUUGUAUGUAGGGGUUGAAGAGAGAGGUUGAAAAAUUCCCUCUCACUCCAACCAAAUGAGAUAGAUAGAGAGAUAGAUAGAUAUAUAUAUUACACACACUACAAAAGCACUGUAUGAUUUCUAAAUAGGAUCGCACAUAUACGAACGAGCUAGAAGUGAAACGCAUACGUCAGUGGAACACAACGUCAACGAUGACGUCACUAACCUGGAACAGCGCGGGAAAUACAAGAAAUGAGAAAUCGGAACAGCUGAAGGAGCAUCUGCACGCAGCAAAUCACAGAGGAAAUCGAGGAAACAUCUUGUGAGCGAUCCAAUCAACACUCAGAGGACACUCCUAUUUAAGAGGGAAGUGGGAGGGAGGAAUUUUAGGCAGAUACAUUGUUAUAUUGUAUUCUGUGAUUUAUUUUUUUUCUGAUCAAGUCCCUGAAGAAGUUACUGCACGGGAAUGAAACGCGUAGGACUUAAAGUGGUAUUUUAUACCUUUUUUAUUAAUUUCAAGAAUUAUUUUUUUUUACCACCUUCCUGGUUCCUUUUCCAAUUCAUAUGCUGUUUUGGUUACAAGAAGGACGAUAGGAGGAUACCUCUGAGCCCCCCACUGCUAUCGGGGGAGGCACCCUACAGGCGCUUACAAUCUGGAUAUCUUGCGAGUGUGCUAUAUUGGCGUGUCACAUAUUAUACCCAAGGAUAUUACACUGUUAUUUUGUCUUGUAUCUUUUUAGGUACACAGCCGUAUUCCAGUUUGCUUCAUAGUCUAGACACACAUUUGUCGAGUCCUGCUAUAGUGCCCUGUUAAAUGUUUAGGUCUCCAGCUCACCACCUUGUAAAGAUUUAAUAUGACCCCUCCAUUGCAAUGCUGGUCUCUGUGCUGCUGUCCUGCUUCCUUCGCUGAGGUCAUCAGAUUGAUGAUCUCUUCCAAUCCAAUACUAACCCACAGUAAAGCAUUGGGAGACUAGUGCACAUAUGCAGCAAAACGUCACCCUGCGCCAAUCUGACGGUCUCUAUGAAACCAUCUAAUGGAAACAGCACAGUUUUACAGUACUCUAUUUCAGAGGAAGCACCUUUAGAGACAUGGCACCCGGACCAUUUCAUUGAGCUGAUGUGGUCUAGGUGUCUGUCGUGUUCCUUUAAGGUCUGUUAAAGUGCUAUGGAGAUAGUAGCGUCCUGAGAUUAUAAUCAAAUUGCUUUGCCUAGCAGAUUGAAAGAAAUAGAGAUUUAAACAGCAUCAAGGUAUGUAGUUUGCAACAAUGAAAAGGUAGUAUAAAAUCCAACAUCUAUUUCUCUCUAAACAUUUUUACAAUGAUCAUUUAAAAUCUAGGCUUUAAACAAACAUGUAUUCUUGUAACUGUGCAAGUCUCGUCAUGGCUUGCCCCACUCUCAAAAGGCAGUGUUUACGUUAACAAAAAUCUCCUGAGACAUACUCUAGUCACCAGAACAACUACAGCUUAAUAUAGUUGUUCUGGUGUAUAUAGUGUCCCUUUAAAAGAAAAUGGAUAAUUGACCAAUAUCAAUGAUAAUGUUCUUCAUAAAAUAUUGUUGGAAACCCUGAUUAAUUAGCAGCAAUAGUCAUAUUUUCUAUAACUUAAAUAUCACAUAAUGUAGUAUUAGUGACCUAGUACUAUCUCACCUACUUUUUUGGGCAAUUAUGUCACCAAACUGAAUUCUGUAUUAACCAGUGUAAUAUAUUUUACUUCUUUAACCCCUUAAGGACAGAGCCAAUUGUACAAGGUGUAAUCAAAACAAAACGUAAACAAAUCCUGGCAUUUGCGCUAUAGGUCUGUUCAACCGUAAUUCACCUCUUUCAUAUUAAGUGCACCCACACUUAUUACAUAUCAUUUUGUUCAGGAGAAACAGGCCUAUAAUUUCAUAUCAAAUAUUUUCUAUAUGAAACCUAGUUGAAUGUGAAUAAUAUCUUAAAGUAUAAGAAAUUAUGAAAAAAAAUAUUUAAGUUUUGCGUGACAUUUUAACUGUGACUGGCAUAAUACUGUUAGAUUGUACUGCAAUAAAAUACACAUUUGUAUUCAGCAAUGUCCUACGAAUACCGCAAUGCCCCCCAUGUACAGGUUUUGAGUCUUUUCAAAAAUUACGGGGGUCAAAUAUAGAGUUUUCCCCUUUUCUAUUGAAACCGGUUUGGUGUGCUGGGCCUAUGUUACCUUUGAGACUGGCAGCCUAGGAAUGAAAAUUAACCCCAUCGUGGCAUAACAUUUGUAAAAAUAGACAACCCAGGGUAUUCAAAAUGGGGUAUGUCCAGUCAUUUUUAGAAGCCACUUAGUCACAAACACUGGCCAAAAUUAGCGUUUAUAUUUGUUUUUUUUUUGUUUAGUUUUUUUGCAUUUUUCACUAAUAAACUGCCCUUUCAUUGGUGGUAUCAUCAGUAUUAUACAUGUUACUGUUCUAAAAUGCUCAUUUGUGUAGAGUAAUGUCUCGCAAGUAAAACAGUACCCCUCAUGUACAGGUUUUAUGGUGUUUUGGAAAGUUACAGGGUCAAAUAUAAGAUUUGCCCAUUUCUGUAUUUGCUAAUUGAAAUUUGCCAGAUUGGCUAUGUUGUCUUUGAGACUGUAUGGCAGCCCAGAAAUAAAAAUUAACCUCACCAUUGCAUACCAUUUGAAAAAGUAGACAACCCAGGGUAAGUUUUAGUGUUCAGCGAAGUCUCCCAAGGACAAUAAUACCUCCAUGUCCAGGUUUUAUGGUGUUUUGGAAAGUUACAGGGAUAAACAUAGGCCUUGCAAAUUAAAAAUCCUACGUGUAUAUCUAUUUAAUUUAUAUAUAUAUAUAUAUAUUUGUGUGUGUGUGUGUGUAUGUUAGAGAAUACAUGGUGUAAUGGUACGAAAAAAUUCAGUCACGUCUGUGCGAAAAAAAAAUAGAAAAUCGACAGUUCGACCCCUAAAGGUCUUUUUUUUUCAAGUUCUUGAAAAAGACCCUUAGGGGUCGAAACUUUUUUUUUUUUUAAUUUUUUUACUGGUUGCUUUAUUAACUUAUUUCUUUUUUUUUUCACCAGCAGGGGGACUGUCUGUCAGUUUAGUCAGUCCCCCUGCAGGCAGCUGCAUAGGCAGCUAUGCCUGCCAUGUGAUUGCUCGUUUAGAGUGAUCACAUAGCCCCUGGGGGCCGAAAUUGCCAAGGGGGACUGCCUAGGCGGUCAGGCAGUCCCCCAGAAGCGGAUCACAGCAGAGGUGAGUAUAUUUCAGCUCCUGGGGCUCAAAGCCGUUACGGCGUUCUAUGCCGCCGUAACGGCUUUAAAGCCCAUUAUAAUAUGGACAACGUUAAAUGGUUAAAGCACUGUUUCAAGCACCAAAAAAGGAUUUGACACUUAUUUGGAAUUCCCCAAGCGCUGAUUCGUCUUCUUCUCUUGCAGUACUUGCAAAUGUGGUAGCAUUGAGCAGCAGUAAUAAGCUUAGAGCGUCAGAGGACAUGAAGUGGUUUUGGUGCCCAGAGUGGUCCUUUAAAGAACUGUUUCCUAGGUCUAAUACCCACAGUGCUGUAUAGAAAUGUGCGGCAAACUUUAUUUACAGAACUGCUUGUAUCAACAUCAGUCCCUUUUGUAAAGCAAGUGCGAUGGUGUUAUAUUGAGCACAAAGUGAUUGACGGAAGAUCAGGGCCGGUGCAAGGAUUUUUGGCUACACAGGUGAAGAUGCAUUUUGCCACCCCAUUCCCCUCUCUCCCAAAAAUGCAUCUUCACCGGUGUCUUGUAAUCCCCCAUUUGAAUUUCACCUUUAGUGUAUUGUAUCCCCUGUUAAAUUGUCUUACACUCCCUUGUAUGUCUCAUACAACCCUCUUCUUUCCCGCAGUCCUUUUGUGUGUCUCUUCCCUCAGCCCAUUUUGUCGCUCCCCACCUCCCCACCAGGGCCCUUUGUGUCUUUUUCCUCCAAAGCUAUAUAAAUAUAUAUGAACACACACAACCAUACAGGCACACAAUCAAACAGUCAUAAAAAAACAGACCUACAGAUAGACAAAGACACUGUCAUAUAGAGAAAUACAAACAGUUAUACAGAGAUAUACAAACACAGACAUAAAGACACAGGCAUACAGAGACAUAUGGUCAAAGUCAUGCAGGCAUGCAGCGACAUGCAUACACCGACAUAGACACACAGAGACUUACAAACAGUCAUACACAGACCUAUAGGGCAUGGGCAGCAUGAUGGGGACAGGGGCUGUAGAGGAGGACGACAGGGAUAGUAUAAUGGAGGGGGGGGGCAGGGGGCAGUAUUACGGAGGCAAGGGCUUUAGAGGGAGGGCAAGGGCAGCAUAAGAGGGACAUGGGCAAGGGCUGCUUUAAAAAUAAAUAAAUUAAAAACAGGGAAAAAACUAAGUUUUUGAUUAUUUAAAAAAACAAACAAAAAAAAAGUCUAAAAGGUAUCUCUCUUCCCCCUCCUCCCUGAGGCUUAACAUGGGUCAGGAUGGUCAGGUGGGAUAGGCCAGACAGGAGCUGGAGACCGGUGGAGAGUCUGGGAGCAGUAGAAGUCAUGCCCCCUCCUCUGACAUCAGAGGAGGCCGGCUGACUUCACUGCCCAGCUCCUGCUCCGUGCUGGCUACAGGGAAAGCAAGGUGAGUUUAAAAAUCUGAGUCCCCAGCCAGAGGCAGGAAAUUUAGAUUUUUGCCCCCUCCACCCCCCGCUCUGGCGCCCUAAGGCGGCCGCCUGUGCUGCCCUAGGGAAUGCGCCGUCCCUGCGGAAGAUACAUUUUCAGUACUUGUGCAAAGUAGGGGGGUGUGUGUGUGUGUGUGUGUGUGUGUGUGUGUGUGUGUGUGUAUAUAUAUAUGUAUGUGUGUGUAUAUAUAUAUAUAUGUAUAUAUAUAUGUAUGUGUAUAUAUAUAUAUAUAUAUAUAUAAUUUUCACAAUAGUUUCUGGCACUCAUCCCAUAGCAAAAGCAUUAAUUCAGCAAUGACCAGGUGCCUCUCCGUGCAAAAUAUACAAAUGGAACAAAUUGAGAGCACUCAUUGGAUUUAGUAAACAAAAAAAAUAUAUUAAAUCAAACGCAUAUAAAUCAACGUUUCGACCGUCUAGCGGUCUUUAUCAAGAUGCUAUGACAUGUGAAAAUCUCAAAUAUAUACAAUCUAAUGUGUUAAACUUACCCAAUCACCAAGUACACCCUGUUUGUCCGGUCUGCUCUGUGAAUAGAGCCGCAAACCGAGGCUGUCAAGCAUACUGCCGAAAAGUGACAUAAAGCACAGCCACCAAGUGUUGCCUAGAAACGGCAAAGUUGUUUUAAAAGAGAAAAAAAUCGGAGUAAAAGUAAAAUCUUGUAUGGAGGAGAAAGAAAUAAAGUCUGAUUACAUGGUCUUAAAUGUAUAUAAGUGUGGAAUGUUAAAGACAGCAGUAUGAAUGAAAACGGGUUAGCCAAACGUUAACCAGAACAGGUUAAUGUGUGUAUGCAUGCUGAAUAAAGAGAAGAAGGGGGAAAAAAAAUGAGACAAAUGAAAAAAAGCUCAGUGAAUGUGUGGAGAAUUGCAAAGAAGUCAAAUGUGUGAGAUGUACGAUGGUGUAUGAAAUGGGAAAAAAGAAGAACUGUAUCAAAAAAGUCUAUGUGAUCUGAAUAGACUAAAUAUGUAACAAAAAUAAAAAAUGCGUGCUGCUGGAGAUGUAUGUGAAACGGACAAAUGAAAUGUGUGGUGAACUGACAAGAGAGUAGUAAGCUGAGGUAAAGAUGGUCUACAAAAUGCUAUGUGAACAGAAUGAGGAAAAUGAUAGUGAUGCAACCCCCAUACGAAAAUAUUAUACAAUGUGUAACCAGUGUAACGAAAACCAAAUGUUACUCAACAAGCUAAUAUGUGUAAAUCCUUUUUUUUCUUUACUAAAUCCAAUGAGUGCUCUCAAUUUGUUCCAUAUAUAAUAUAUAUCAUUAUCUUUUUUGCUGACAAUAUCUGUUAGUGAGUGUCUUAUCAGUCAUUGUAAGUUUUAGGUUGAUUUCAUUCUUGCUAUAUAUAACAUGGCUUUAUUUUAUAACCUAGUUUAGAUAAGAUGUUCAUUAUUUGUUUUUUUUUCUCUUAGUCAUGGGAUGUCUUCUUUCGGAAUGCAAAUGCUGGUGCAGCUCCUGGAACAGCUUACCAGAGCCCACCUCCCCUCGGUAGCAACCUCUCUGCCUUUGCGCAGGCACAGUCAUUGGUCCAAGGACAGCCAAAUAUAGAAAAACUAGUGGAAGAUCAUCUUGCUGUACAAUCUCUCAUCCGUGCUUACCAGGUACAAAACUUACCAGGUCCUUUCCACUCGUUACCUGUUUCUGCAGCUGUUGUGCAGCCCCAAAAAAGUAUUUAUUUAUUUUUUGUCACAUUUUGUGUGUUAAGGGGUUAAGCUACACUAUCAUUUGUGGGGUUAUUUUUGUCAAGAUAAUGCACCUUUCAGCUUUCUUAUGUUGGUUAUAAGCAAAAUAAUACUCGCUAAUGCAAGAAUCUUUUGAUUUUGUUAAAAAUAGCAUAGUAAUGUCUGUCUGCGUCCAUCUUAAAGGACCACUAUAGUGCCAGGAAAACAUACUCUUUUUCCUGGCACUAUAGUGCCCUGAGGGUGCCCCCACCCUCAGGGACCUCCUCCUGCCGGGCUCUGGGGAGAGAAAGGGGUUAAACACUCGCCUUUCUCCAGCGCCGGGCGGGGAGCUCUCCUCCUCCUCUUCGGCUGAAUGCACAUGCGCAGCACAUUAAGCUGAAGUGGUCUGGGUGUCUAGAGUGGUCCUUUAAGAGAUGUUAGAUGGACACUCUAAGCACCAAAAUAACUUUAGCUUAGAUAGACACUAUGGGCAUCAAAUCAACUUUAGUUAAUGAAGCAGUUUUGGUGUACAAGUCCCGUCCCCCUCCCCACAAUGUCCGCAGGCAGGGGAGACCUAAUGCGCAUGCGUGGCAAUGGCCGUGCUCGCAUUAGGGUCUCCCCAUAGGAAAGCUUUAUUUAAUGCUUUCCUAUGGUGAUUUGGCGCCGCUGGAGGUCCUCAUGCACAGCGUGAGGACGUCUAGUGUCAUUUAGACGACCAAAAGUCGUCUAAGAACCUGGAAGUCCCUCUAGUGGCGGGCUGGUAGACCGCUACCAGAGGAGGAAUUAACUAUGCAAGGUGAUUAUUGCAGUUUAUAAAAACUGCAAUAAUUACACUUGCAGGGUUAAGGGUGAUGGGCUGAAGUGGUCUGGGUGCCUACAGUGUCACUUUAAACUUCCUUUGUUGCACAAUGUGUUUAAUUUAGAAUCUACUAUCUCGUGCUUUGUUUAUAGUUUUCUAGAUUUCUUGAUCCUACAGGAGCCUCCAGUUUACAGAGCAGGGGAUAAAAACUUAUAUAGCUAAAGUGAAUACCUGAUUAAAAAUGAAACCAGUCAAAAUUAGUAUUUCAUAAAGAUUCUAUCUUUAUGAAAUACUCAUUUUUUGUGAGGGCUAACAGUGAUGCAUUAAAGGGUUACUUUAAUCAAAAGUCAGUGUUUUACAAACGCAUGGCUUGAUCAGACUAAUCCUUCCUCUCCUGAUCAUCUCCACCCUCUGCAAAAAUAAAAUGGUUUUAACUCACCUCAAGGUUGUGGCUAAGUUCUCCCUCAGUCUGGUCCUCCUCCACUGACACAACAUAUAUCAGGGAAGGCAGACAUGGGCAGCACUCCUAUUCUGGACGUUCUAAUGACGCUGCCAGAGGUGGAGUUACUGUUCCGGGGGGGUUAUACGAUGUAUGUGCCGUGUUUUUAUAAUGAAACAAGUUCCAAGACAACUUCAAACGAGUGAAGUGGACAUGGGGCUUGGUUUAACUCUUUAAAUCACAUUGUUUAUCCAAUCCUAUGUGAGACUCACAUUAGUUCUCUACACAUUUCCUGCAAAGAGAGAACUGUUUUUUUUUUUAAAGUGCAUUUAAUUUUUAAUUACUUCUGCUCUGUUGAGGAGCCACCUGUUUGUGAAUAAACCCUAAUUAACAAAGCAAAAGUUAAAUUAACAGAUUAGGAGCUGUGAACUUUUAAGCAGACGUGAGACUGCAGGAGCAUGUGCUAUACAACAAAUUGCUUCAUCAAACUAAAGUUGUUUUGGUGCUUAGAGUAUCCCUUUAAAGGUGCUCUAUAAACCUAUGUUGCACAUUACAGUGAUUCUGUCACAAGCUACAGUUCUCCACACAGGAUCAACACAAGCAGGUCAAUUGUGGCACGUACAUUUAUAAAUCCCUAUUUAUAUCUGUAAAUGGCCAUACAUACUUUGUAUACAAACGUGUUUUCAAAAGCUGGAUAUGAGCUUGUGUAUUUCUAUUUGUACAUUUUCACUUCUAAACCGUGGAAUACACAUGCAUAUACUUACUGGCUAUUGGCAAAUCUACCAACAAGGUUUUACAUGUAUGCAGUGCAAAUUUGCCCAUCUAUAGAGCAAGAUGAAAUGUCCUGAGAUGUUGUAAAAAUAAGUAUUGUUUUUUUAAUUUUCUUCAGAAUUAUGUUUGUAUAUGUUCCAUUAAUCCCUUCUCUAUCUUGUGCGGGGCAUGUUAUUUAACCAGUUUGUGUCAUUGCUUUCAGGUGAGGGGUCACCACAUUGCAAAGCUUGACCCACUCGGGAUUAGUUCUGUUAAUUUUGAUGAGGCUCCAAUAACUGUUGGUUCUCCAAAUAUCGGUGAGAUUGUGUGCACCAAACUUGUUGUAACCUUAAUUUUCUUUGAUUUUUCUUUCUCCUUUCUUAUCCCUAUCCACCCCCCAUCUAAUUCCACCAUCCAUUCUUUGCAUUUAUACUUUCCCAAACUGUCUUUCUCUUUUUCUACUUUUCUAUACCGGUCUUUUUUUUUUUUUCUUCUUCUUUUUUUUCUUCUUUUUCUCCUAUUUCCUACUACACCCAAUAUUUUUUACCUCUACCUCCACCCCUCCACUUUGGACACUCUCCCUUAUGUAGAUCCGCGGGCACCAUGUUGCUCAGCUAGAUCCACUUGGCAUUCUGGAUGCAGAUCUGGACUCCUGUGUGCCAGCUGACAUUGUCACAUCCUCAGACAAACUCGGUGAGGGCUAAGAAAUUGCUAGUGUGGCCACUGCUUCAGCGCCUCCCUCUCACCCCCAUGUUUGUCUUUCCCCGCUCGCUAGACCAUUAGUAGUGAGAUCACAACUAACAGCUAUGAGUCAUAAUUAAGCCCAUAAAGAAACAAGAAACUCAAUGAAGUUAUUAUUUAGCUUUUAAUGUUUUAAAUAACCAGGCUUACUGAUGGAUCCCUAUAUUGCAGUUCUCUUUAACCGGAGACAUUACAUUUUCUCUAUAUAAUAAUGUGCUGAGUAUGGCCCUCAGUGCAUGUCAUUGUGAGAAAAAGUACCUGUAAGAAGGGAUACUUAACUAGUGCAUAAGCUGUUAGUUUGACCUCUGUAGAAUAGAUUGGUGAGAUUUGAUGCUCCUGCUGCUCUAAUGCCAACACUACUAACCUAGUAUAGUGCACUGUGUAACCAACAUUAACCAUGUACUGUGUGCAUGAAACAUGCAGGCCAGGCAUACACAAUUUAUGCGUGCGCACUGGAAGACUGGUACAUUUAUUGUGCUUGGUUUGGGGUUAAAGCAUGUGAUGUGAGCAUGAAUAGAAUUGGAUUUCAAUGUUAAAUAAUGUGUCAUGGGGUUGUUGUUUUUUUUGUGGGUAUUGUGGGAUAUAUAUAUAUAUAUAUUUUUCCUGUUUUUGUCAUUGACGUGCUAUUACUUUAUAGAUCAAAACAUUUUAUAUUAGACAAAUUGCUGACAAAGUUAUAGGUUAAUGUUAUAAGGCUUUAGCUCCAUGCCCUUGAAGCUGUCUAGUGCAGCAUCCAUAAUACCUCUUGUGUAGCCAGUGAUUUGAGCACAGAUAUUAAUGCACAACCCAGAUUGCAAAGUUUGGGUGAGAAUAAUAUUUAAAGGGACACUAUAGUCACACAGACCACUUCAGCUCAAUGAAGUGGUCUAGGUGCCAGGUCCCUCAGAUUUUAACCCUCGAGAUGUAAACAUAGCAGAUGUAAUCUUGCAGAGAAACUGCUAUGUUUACAUGGGGUGCAUCUGCAAGGGAGGGGGACCCUGAGGGUGGAGGCACCCUUAGGGCACUAUAGUGUCAGGAAAAUAGGUUUGUUUUCCUGACACUAUAGUGAUCCUUUAAUAUAUACAAAAUCUGACAAUUUCACUUUUAUUUAGAGUAAACCAUGUAUUGUACCUGAAUCAGACUUUUAUUUUAUUUUUUCCUCCACAUGUGAGACUGGCACGUCCUUUUAAGAUAUUGAAUACAUUUCUUUUUAUGUGGCAUGAUAGGUUUAGUCAUGACGUUUGGUAAAAUGUUUUAGUCGGUCAUCCUAGUGUGACAUAUUCUACUAUUUUUGUGGUUUGAAUUAAACUAUUUUAUAUUCUAAUACUAGUCUACUUAUUCCUUUAAAAAAAUUUUUUUUUUAAAGUACUUAGGCAUCCUGUGUAUUCAUGACUUGCGUUAUUGUUUCUACACCUUAGCUCAUUCAGAUCUGCACUAGUGUUGGACCUAGCACACAAGUCAAGUAUAUCUUGUAGACCUAACACUGUGAAAAUAAUAAAUAUUACUGAUUAACUAACUUGUGCUGCAGCAGGACUUUCAUAAAAUUUUCUCCUGUUGUUGGGGUCAGUGUGAAAAACAAAGCCUUUGUCAGUCUUAGGCUAGAUGUUCCAGGGUUGUCAAACUGCACCCCUAUCACCUUUGCCUUAGUGCAUUCAAGAUAGUACAUUUAUACUAUAGAGAUACUACAAGAGCACCAACUUGAAUGCGUAAAGGUUUCAAGGAUAAAGUUUUAGUCCACAAAUUUGGCCGUUGGAGUGCUCUUGGAUCAGGAGACUUGAAUAUAAAACCGGAACAGACCCCUGUAACAAUGUUAGUUUCCCCAUGUGGCCUGCUGAGAAUACGUGAGUUCAGGUUGCUUCCUCCAAGCUUGCUGAUAGGUCUUCAGGGAGGCAGGAGCAGGCACACAUGUAUACAAAUGGGAGGAGGAGGGAACCUCAGACUCUUAUCAGGCUUGACCAUCCAGCUCUCACUGGAUCCCAGGGAAGCCACCAUCCCCCCCACCCAAAAGGUAAGGAAACAGGAGAGUGGCUAAAGCUGUGUUAACUUUUACGUGUGUGUAUCUGUGUGUGUGUGUGUCUCUGUCAGUGCAUGUGUGUGCCUUGGUAUCUGAGUGCGUACACAUCUGUGUCCGUGUAUGCAUGUGUUUAUGUUUAACUGUGUAUUUGUGUGUGUCAGUUCAUACAUCCCAGCAUUCAAACACAAAGAACGUAAUAAAUUACAUUUAGGCCAUUAUAUAAAGUUGUUCUUUGUGCCUGCUUUGUUUCUUGUUUUCAUGUGUAUGUAUAAAUACAUUUUAUAUCCCAUUUCAUUAGAUAAUUUGGCCCUCCAGAAGAAAGGAGUUUGGCACCCCUGAUCUAUUGCUUAAUCAUUCUUAGUGGUUGAAAUAAUUUUUAAUUUUUAUUUUUAAAGUUUGUUUUAUAAACUCCUUGAAAUUGGUACUAAAGUGAUAGCCCAAUAUGCUUUUCUGUCAUGGCCAUCUAUUUGGCAAUAAUUUCAGAUUGUGGCCAAAACAUUGGACCUAGGAUUAUGCAUUAAAUUAAAAAUUUACAUAAAUCCAAAUGAAAAUACUGAGACAAGAAAAGGCUGAUUGGGAAAAAUUCUUUAACAUGGCAAUAGUUACCACCUUUUCCCUCCAUGUUUCCAUUCAGAUAUAAUUUGUGAAGUUGGUGAGACAGUGAGGGUUAUUCAUUAAGCUCCCGUGUGUGUGUGUGUGUGUACGUGCAUGUUAGACUGUGUAAUGACUGUGAGUAGUUUGUGGUGAUGUGAUGUUUAUCUGCAGCUUGUGAGACGUUUGGCUAGGUGGUGUGUGUCUCGUGCUUGCUGACUGUGUGUAAUGUAUGUGUGCUGUAUUUCCCCUCGUAUGCUUGGUUUUUUUGCAAGAAAGGGGGCUAAGGAAUGUAUAAGUCCUUAAGUACAGCGCUACGGAAUUUGUUGGCGCUAUAUAAAUAAUAAAAUAAUAAUAAGUGGGUUUAACUCCUUGGUGGUUUGAUUGAGUGGGGGGAGGGGAGUAAAAAUUCUCUGGUGGUCCCCUAGGACCAGGGUUGUGUGUAAAAUUAGGGAUCACGAGAUAUCAAAAUCAUGCCGAUACAGAUUAUCUGUUGUGUUUUAGGACAGUUUGCAGAUAACCAGUGACAAUAUUCUGUAUAUUUAAUGUUUUGAAAAAGUAACACUAUUUUUACACAAAUGGCAUUAACUGCACAUACUGACAGCAAUCAAAGCCAAAAAAACUCUACAACCGUUUGUACAGUUGUACAUGCUGGGAUCACUGAGCUGUCAGCAAUCACACUCCUAUCACUCUAUCAGCCAGCUCAGUACAUUUCAGUAGAUUAUUCAGUGUUUCACCUCCCUGACUUCAGCUGAGUUUCCCAUGCAGGGACUCACAAAGGGGGUGACAUGCGAUCACAACGUGGUGCCUUAUUGGCUAUUUCAAAGAGGUUGAAGACAAUGUGCGGUGUGAAUAAGUUAUUUGUAAUAUAGUUAAAUUACAAGACCGAUACGAUAAUCCGGAAUAUGCAGAAUAUUGGCACUAAUAAUUGACGGAACAGAUAUUCCGUAGUGACUGAGGGAGAUUAUUAAAAUGUUCCGGUGGUCGAGUGGGUGUCCAUGUGGCCUGCACCUGCUGGUGCAUACCAUAGUAAGCACUUCCUCAAGGUCCUGCACUUCAUACUAGGAAUCCUGACCGCUGCUCUGACUCAUUGCAAGGGAGUGAUUACUGUGCUCUGCAUUCAAGGUGCAGACCACAAGCUUCAUGUUCCACUAAUUCUUUGCUCCCUUACAGCAGUAGAGCCAAUAAAGACAAGAACUACCUGCCUGGCACAAAGACAGACGUCAGGUUAUAGGAAUUCUACAUUCCUGAAUUAGGGUUAAUCUCUUUGGGAUUUAUUGUAUUUUAAAAAGUAAUGAUAAAGCUUGUGUAUAGUGUAGCUAUUAAAAGUGGGCAUAAUACUGCUAGCAGUCACAUAGUGUUGCUGAUUAUGAACAUUUAUUUUUCAGUUAAAAAGCUGCAGGUAUUUUGUAAAUGAAUGCUGGUAAGCAUUCAUCUAGAAAGAACAAGUUUGCAGAUUCAGUGCACCAUUCUAAAAACCCUUAAUCUGUUAUGACAUCAAUAAAUCAUUCUAGUUUAUGAAUUAGUUCUGUACUACUCCAAAAAAUUUCUGUAGUGGUAGAUGAGGUGUUGUGAAUUACAUUACCGCAAAAUAAUUUGAUGACUUAGCGUAUAUAUUUGCGUAUAAGCCGACCCGAAUAAAAGCAGAGGCACUUAAUUUUACCACAAAAAACUGGGAAAACUUAUUGAUUUGAGUAUAAGCUUAGGGUGGGAAAUGCAGCUCCUGGUAAAUUUCAAAGUAAAAAUAGAUAGCAAUAAAAUUACAUUAAUUGAGGCAUCAGUAGGUUAAAUGUUUUUGAAUAUUUAAUGUGUGUAUAUAAUGAAUGCAGUGUUUGUGUAUAUAAUGCAUGUAGUGUGUGUUUGUGUGUGUAUAGUGUAUGUGUAUAGUGUGUGUAAACUGGGUGGGGGGAGGACAUUUUUUUUAUUAUUUAAAUAUUUAACUUGUUACCUUCCCUUCAGCUCCCCUGUGUAAAUCUCAUGGUCUGUGUGCCGCGCAGAGCGUUGCCACGGUAAACCGUGGCAACGCUCUGACAGCCACAGGACUCGUGAGAUUUAGACGGGAGCUGCUGGGAAGGUAAGAGCUUCUGCCUGGCUUGUCAUGAGCCCGGUGGUCCUGGUCUGUAUUAUGGCAAUGUAAGUUGCCAUAAUACAGACCCUCACUCGAGUAUAAGCCAAGGGGGCUUUUUCAGCAUAAAAAAAUGUGCUGAAUUACCUUUAUGGCCCCCACCCAGCGCGCAGGGGUGGGGGUCGGUGGGGGAGGACAGUAGGUGUGUGUCCCCCUCCCUCCCCCCCCCAUUAUCUUUAUGGCCCCCACCCACCUCGCAGGAGUGGGGGCCAGUGGGGGAGGACAGUAGGUGUGUGUUGUCCCCCAUCCACCGCGCAGGGGUGGGGGAGGACAGUAGGUGUGUGUCGUGGUGUCGUCGUCGUCCCCCUCUUCCCCCUCAUCUUUAUGGCCCCCACCCACCGCUCAGGGGUGGGGGCCGGAUAGUAGGUUUUUUUUUUUUUAUGUUUUUUAAAGUGAGCAGCCACAGGCUGCUCACUGUUUAGUGGACAUGCCCCUACUCACGGUAUAGCGAGUAGGGGCAUUUGGGAGAUUUUAAUCUCCCUUAUGCUAUUAUGGGGGUCAUAUUGACCCCCAUAGAGUGAGGGGGGGGGGGACCUGGGUGGCUUAUGAAGUGGUGGGGAGCACAGCCAGUAGCUCCCUCCUUGUAAUAAACUGAACGAACACUGAUAUUCAGUGUUAGUUUGUUCAUCUGACAAUGCUAUUCAUUCAUUUGUCUUUCUGACGAAUUAAUGAAUAGAUUAAAUUCCCGUUCGCAUGCCCAGGUGUUUCACUGGGCAUGUGCGAGAAUCUCACAGCACUAUCUAGUGUGGGCAGAUGACGUGUCCCACAGGGACUUCAUCUUCAUCUGAAAUCAGGUAGCAGAUGCUAAUUGUCAUUGCUGACUGACAUAAGACACCUCCAUUCCACAGUGUUACCUAGCACUGAACUGUUUUGUCAUUACAGUUCUCUGUGCUGGGUAUACUGACAACAGCUAGAGGGGAGAAAUAGCCAUUUUCUACAACCUGUUUUGUAUAGUCUUGCUGGAUUACAUAAAGGUAAAAAGAAAUAACCAAACCUGUAUUUAGUGGUCAUGUGACAUGGGCAGGAAAAGAGCAGGACUUGCAAAGAUUGCAGACCACCAAUCUGCAGCUUUUGAAAGUGAUGUUUAGAUAUAUACCAAUACACGCAGGAUUCCUAUAAAUUGGUAAAUGUUAACAAAGCCGGAGAUGAGAAAUCCUAAACUAAACACACUGCAAUAUGGAAAGCUAUAAAAUAAAAAAAAAUUAUUUUCUUCCUUUUCAGGAAGUGUGUGCCUUAGCCAGGGAAGGUGUGGCUGGGGCAUAAACAAAGUGAUUUAACUCCAAAAUGGUAGGGAACUAAGCAGGGGGUUGAUCCAUAUAUCAAAACUGCUUAAUGAAAAUUUAAAGUGGGGUGUGUGGUUUCUUUAAAAAUGUCAGCACAGUUUUAAUUACAACUGUGUUUUAUGAAAAGCUUUUAUUUAAAAAAAUAAAUAAAUAAUUCUUCCUGAUAGAAGAUUGACCUGUAUUUCUAAAUAUAUUUUCAAUGUUGGUACAUAGCACCCUUUCUAAUUUGUAGAAACUGUGUCUUAGUCCUUCCCCAUCCCAGUUAGAGAGAGAGAAUCUAAUUAUCUUGCUAUAAUGCACUGACAAGCACAUUUUUCUACAUGACUUAGAGGUAGUGGUCACCUAUUAGCGCCACUUUUGCGCUGAGUGGAGUCUAUUGUUGUUGAGCUAAUAUUUUAUAUUAUGGCUCAUUUGUAAUCUUUUUGUUUCUCCUAGUAUGUGACAUUAUUCUGCGCAAUUAACCGAAGGACGGAUCUGACAAAAAUUCUUAUGAGGGUUUUUGGAUUUUUUUUUCCUCCCCACUUUCUUGUUGGGAGUUUUUGCAAGCUAUGGACCUCAGUUUUAAUAUUGGUGGGUGCAAUGAUUUCAUAAUUUGGAUAAACUUUUAAAAUAUAUAUAUUUUUAAAGAAUAUUAAAAAAAAAAUAAUAAUUUUUAAAUUCCAAUUGAAAAUAUAACAAAUUAAAACAUUUAAGUACAAAAUUCAAAUAUUCUGCAGAAUAUCUAAAUAAUAAAUAAUUUUAAAGUUUAUCUAAAAAUAUUAAAUCAUUUGAAAAGCCUAAUCAAUAGUAUUAAAUUGAGGCCUGUGUUUGCAAACCCUCCAAAAAGUAAAAAAUAAAUUACAAAAAUGUUUUGUUUUUUGAAAAGUUUAUUCAGAUUUUAUUUUUAAGUAGCUCCGUAGCAAGACAGCUGUGUUUCUUGUACGGAACAUAUGAAUAUGCACUAAGCAUAUUCUACUACAGAGUUGUGGCAGUGUGUGAAAAGCCGUUGUGAGCCUCACUGCU